CCUCGUUUUGAAAAGCCGGAAGUGCCUUACCUUUAAGGUGUAUUCCCGCGAACGGCGUCUCCAAUGUGGCGCAUGGACAGUCAUCCCCUCUCCCUCCCAACAGAGACAAGUAUCAUCUAAGAUGACUUGUACUUUAAGUGCUUCCCUUCUUCUUCUCUCACUUUUGACAGGCUUUUUGGCUGAACAGUAUUGUUCAGAUCGUGACGAUGGGACAGACUGUCAAGACUUAGAAACUAGAAACGAGAGGCAAAGCAACAUAUACACACCAGAGGCUAAGUGGGGAAGCUACCUUGAAGUCAUUGAUAAAGCUCUCAAGUCUUACAAGGGAUGUGAACAAGAAAACUGUUCUUGCCAUUUGAGUGUUAUAGAUUCAGAUUUGGCAGUGUGGGAGAAAAAAGGCAGCAUUCCAGAAGAAGAAUUUAAAGCAGUCAAAAAGAGAGGAGUACAUUACCAGAUAAUCAAUCACAAAUUAUAUAGAGAAGAAGCCUGCAUGUUUCCAUUUAGGUGCAGUGGAGUGGAGCACUUCAUCCUUGAAAUUAUUGAUAGGUUGCCAGAUUUGGAACUUCUCAUCAAUGUUCAUGACUAUCCACAGUCUAGUAGAUAUGGUGCACCUAUCCCAGUUUUUUCUUUCAGCAAAAUUGCCAGUGAGCACUGGGACAUAAUGUACCCAGCAUGGACCUUUUGGGAAGGUGGUCCAGCUGUGUGGCCAAUAUAUCCUACAGGAUUAGGUCGCUGGGAUCAACAAAGAGAAAUACUCCCAAGAGAGGCAGAGAAGUGGCCAUGGGAAGAAAAAUUAAAAAAGGUUUUUUUCCGUGGAUCAAGAACUAGCUCUGAGAGAGAUCCUCUGAUUCUUCUUUCCCGAAAAGAGCCAGAUCUGGUUGAUGCCCAGUACACCAAAAACCAAGCGUGGAAGUCUGAGGCAGAUACACUUAACAGACCACCGGCAGAAGAGGUGCGGUUAGAAGAUCAUUGCAAAUACAAAUAUCUUUUCAAUUUUCGGGGUGUCGCUGCCAGUUUUCGCCUAAAACACCUCUUUCUGUGUUCAUCACUGGUCUUUCAUGUGGGAAGUGAGUGGCUUGAGUUCUUCUAUCCUGCUAUGAAACCUUGGGUGCAUUAUAUACCCAUAAAGCAGGACUUGUCUGAUGUGAGGGAUCUAAUUCAGUUUGCAGUGGAUAAUGAUGCAGUUGCCAGGGAGAUUGCUGAAAGAGGCAGAAACUUUAUUUGGCAUCACCUUCGCAUGGAAGAUGUAUCUUGCUACUGGGAGCAUCUUUUGAAACGCUAUGCAAAGCUGAUUAAACAUAAAGUGAAAAAAAACAAACAGUUCAAGCAUAUUGCUCCAAAGCCCUAGUGAACACAUUAAAAACUUCUGAGACUAUUCACCAACUUGUGUUGUAUCCAUUAAAUCAUUUGGUCACUUUUGUAAAAAAAAAAAAAAAAAAAAAAAAACAAACAAAAGGAAAACCCAACUUGUUCAACAGACAUGCAGGAGUUGGGUAGAUAAGGAGUUUCCAAGAGGUAGUCACUGUACAUGGUGAUAAGAAAACCCACUUUAGAGACUGAACUGAUGAUAAAUUAGGCUGUGACUAAAAAGUGAGUGCUAGAAUAUGAAUUGGAAUAUAUGCCUAGUGGACUAAGGAUUUGCUGAUUUUGCUUAAGCAUUGAAUUAGUGAGAUCUGUUGGGCUUUUUUUAAAUAAACUUGAAAAUAUUUAUAAAAUGUU